AUGCCCCAGCUUAGGCAGCUUGCGAAGCUUCAGCUUUUCCAACAGGGGAAAUACGGUCACGAUUCCUUCUCCUUUUCUGAUCACUUCUUCCGUUUAUUGGCAAUCUGUAUAGAGCAGUCAAGUGCAUAUUCUCGAGGUGCAGUUGGCACGAUGCUAGUCUACGACAUAACAAAAUGCCAAUCAUUCGAUCAUAUGGCUAGAUGGCUGGAGGAACUAAGAGGUCACGUGGACAAGAACAUAGUUAUAAUGCUCAUUGCGAACAAAUGUGAUCUAGGAAGUCUUCAAGCUGUACCAGUUGAAGAUGCUCAAAAAUUUGCAGAAAGGGAGAAUCUUUUCUUUAUGGAAACAUCAGCUCUUCAAUCCACAAACGUCGAGGGUGCAUUCAUGAUAGUUUUAAUAGAAAUUUAUAAAAUCAUUAGCAAGAACAUGCUUAUUGCAGCUCCGGGAGCUGAUUAUGGGAAGUCACAAUCUUUAAAGGGAACCAGGAUCAUUGUUCCUGGACAGGACUCGGAUUCUGGUGGGAGUAGUGGUGGUUGCUGCAUGUCGUCGUGCUUUUUUUUUGAGUUCUGGAGGUCUUUUUAUUUAUCCGAAAUCAUAAUAUAA